CCGGCGUCCGCCUAUAAAAGGCUGAGUGUUGACGUCAGCGUUCUCUUCCGCCGUCGUCGCCGCCAUAAUCGGCGCGACUCGCUUCAUUCAGAUCUACCUGGAAGAAUCCACCGCCAUCCGCCACCAUGGUGAACUUCACGGUAGACCAGAUCCGCGCCAUCAUGGACAAGAAGGCCAACAUCCGCAACAUGUCUGUCAUCGCCCACGUGGACCACGGCAAGUCCACGCUGACAGACUCACUGGUAUGCAAGGCUGGCAUCAUCGCCUCUGCCCGGGCCGGGGAGACACGCUUCACUGACACCCGGAAGGACGAGCAGGAGCGUUGCAUCACCAUCAAGUCAACUGCCAUCUCCCUCUUCUACGAGCUCUCAGAGAACGACUUGAACUUCAUCAAGCAAAGCAAGGAUGGUGCUGGCUUCCUCAUCAACCUCAUUGACUCCCCUGGGCACGUGGACUUCUCCUCGGAGGUGACUGCUGCCCUCCGAGUUACCGACGGCGCCUUGGUGGUGGUGGACUGCGUGUCAGGCGUGUGCGUGCAGACCGAGACGGUGCUGCGGCAGGCCAUUGCUGAACGUAUCAAACCCGUGCUGAUGAUGAACAAGAUGGAUCGCGCCCUCCUGGAGCUGCAGCUGGAGCCCGAGGAGCUCUACCAGACUUUCCAGCGCAUCGUGGAGAACGUGAAUGUCAUCAUCUCCACCUAUGGCGAGGGCGAGAGUGGCCCCAUGGGCAACAUCAUGAUCGAUCCUGUCCUUGGUACUGUGGGCUUCGGGUCUGGCCUCCAUGGGUGGGCCUUCACCCUGAAGCAGUUUGCCGAGAUGUACGUGGCCAAGUUUGCUGCCAAGGGGGAGGGCCAGCUGGGGCCUGCCGAGCGGGCCAAGAAAGUUGAGGACAUGAUGAAGAAGCUGUGGGGUGACAGGUACUUUGACCCCGCCACCGGCAAGUUCAGCAAGUCCGCCAGCAGCCCUGAUGGGAAGAAGCUGCCUCGCACCUUCUGCCAGCUGAUCUUGGACCCCAUCUUCAAGGUGUUUGACGCCAUUAUGAAUUUCAAGAAGGAGGAGACAGCAAAACUGAUAGAGAAGCUGGAUAUCAAGCUGGAUAGUGAGGACAAGGACAAGGAAGGCAAACCCCUGCUGAAGGCUGUGAUGCGCCGCUGGCUGCCCGCCGGAGACGCCUUGUUGCAGAUGAUCACCAUACACCUGCCCUCCCCUGUGACAGCCCAGAAGUACCGCUGUGAGCUCCUGUACGAGGGGCCCCCGGACGACGAGGCUGCCAUGGGUAUUAAAAGCUGUGACCCCAAAGGCCCGCUUAUGAUGUAUAUUUCCAAAAUGGUGCCAACUUCCGACAAAGGUCGGUUCUACGCCUUUGGACGGGUCUUCUCGGGGCUAGUCUCCACCGGCCUGAAGGUCAGGAUCAUGGGGCCGAACUACACCCCCGGGAAGAAGGAGGACCUCUACCUGAAGCCAAUCCAGAGAACAAUCCUGAUGAUGGGUCGCUACGUGGAGCCCAUUGAGGAUGUGCCUUGUGGGAACAUUGUGGGCCUGGUGGGUGUGGACCAGUUCCUGGUGAAGACAGGCACCAUCACCACCUUCGAGCAUGCCCACAAUAUGCGUGUGAUGAAGUUCAGCGUCAGCCCUGUCGUCAGGGUGGCCGUGGAGGCCAAGAAUCCGGCCGACCUGCCCAAGCUGGUGGAGGGUCUCAAGAGACUGGCCAAGUCCGACCCCAUGGUGCAGUGCAUCAUUGAGGAGUCGGGAGAGCACAUCAUCGCGGGUGCCGGCGAGCUGCACCUGGAGAUCUGCCUCAAGGACCUGGAAGAGGACCAUGCCUGCAUCCCCAUCAAGAAAUCUGACCCUGUCGUCUCGUACCGUGAGACCGUCAGUGAAGAGUCCAACGUGCUCUGCCUUUCCAAGUCCCCCAACAAGCACAACCGGCUGUACAUGAAGGCGCGGCCCUUCCCCGACGGCCUGGCAGAGGACAUCGACAAAGGCGAGGUGUCUGCCCGCCAGGAGCUCAAGCAGCGGGCGCGCUACCUGGCCGAGAAGUACGAGUGGGAUGUGGCCGACGCCCGUAAGAUCUGGUGCUUUGGGCCUGUCGGCACCGGCCCCAACAUCCUCACUGACAUUACCAAGGGUGUGCAGUACCUCAACGAGAUCAAGGACAGUGUGGUGGCCGGCUUCCAGUGGGCCACCAAGGAGGGCGCGCUGUGUGAGGAGAACAUGCGGGGCGUGCGCUUCGAUGUCCACGACGUGACCCUGCAUGCUGACGCCAUCCACCGUGGGGGUGGUCAGAUCAUCCCCACAGCGCGGCGCUGCCUCUACGCCAGUGUGCUGACUGCCCAGCCGCGCCUUAUGGAGCCCAUUUACUUGGUGGAGAUCCAGUGCCCAGAGCAGGUGGUUGGUGGCAUCUAUGGGGUGUUGAACAGGAAGCGGGGCCACGUGUUCGAGGAGUCUCAGGUGGCCGGUACCCCCAUGUUUGUCGUCAAGGCAUACCUGCCCGUCAAUGAGUCCUUUGGGUUCACCGCUGACCUGAGGUCUAACACGGGCGGCCAGGCCUUUCCCCAGUGCGUGUUCGACCACUGGCAGAUCCUGCCCGGAGACCCCUUCGACAACACCAGCCGCCCCAGCCAGGUGGUGGCGGAGAUCCGAAAGAGCAAGGGCCUGAAGGAAGGCAUCCCGGCCCUGGACAACUUCCUGGACAAAUUGUAGGCGGCACCUCCUGCAGCGUCUGCCGCCCCGGGGACUCACAGCACCUACAGCACCACGUCCUCACGUUCUCAGACGACACCCGGAGACUGUCCCAACACAGCGACGCUCCCCUGAGAGGUUUCUGGGGCCCGCAGCGUGCCAUCGCUCAAGCUCAACACUUGAUGCUGUUUCUUUCGAUAUUUAUUUCCAGAGUCCAGAGGCAGCAGACACGCCCUCUUUGCAGGGACUUACUGGGCCUGUGGGGGAGGGGGAGGUGGGAUGGGACACCCAACACUUUCCAUUUCUUCAGAGGGAAACUCAGAUGUCCAAACAAAAUUAACAAAUGCAUUAAGAGGUUUAUUUGGGUAAUUGGCCUGUUGUGGCUUUUGCCUCAGAAAAGGGAAAGGAACAAGCAGAUAGAUAAUUUCUAGCAGGCAGGAAGUCCUGUGUGGCGUCACCAUGAGCACCUCCAGCUUGUACUAGUGCCAUUGGAAUAAUAAAUUUGAUAUGGUGGUGACUCCA